AUGUGGCGGAGUCGCUCAAUAACCGGGGGUUGUUGUUGCAGGCGCACAGUGUCGCAGGGCAAGCACAACGAGGCACUUCCACUUCUGGAGAGGGCGUCCUCUAUCCGUGGGAAGAAGCUGGGGGAGAAUCACCAUUACACGGUCGACACACAGAUCAGCCUGGAGCGUGUGCAGAAACAUGUUCGUGAACGAGAGACUAACACGGGGUCGAUAGGCACAAGACACCUCGAGGAAGCGUGGUACUCGUGA